AUGGAAAUACUAAUAAUAUUAUUCAUCAUAUCUUUUGUUUCGGCAAUAAUUCCAUUGUUCCUUUUCAUAUCAUCAUUCUAUAAUGGGAUCCAAAGUUCUAAAACUUACUAUUCCAAGCUUCCACUUCCACCGGGUCCUCACCCCUACCCCAUCAUUGGGAACAUUUUGAAGCUUUUUGGCACCAAUAACCCUCUUGAGGCAAUCACUCAUCUUUCUAAAACUUAUGGACCUAUAAUGACUCUCAAGUUGGCUAGUAUAACCACCAUUGUCAUUUCUUCUCCACAAAUAGCCAAAGAAGCACUCCAUAAAAAUGAUGCACUUUUUUCCGGUAGGAAGCUCCCAGUUAUUACAACAUGGUCACAAUCACUUGAGGACUUCUCCAAAACUUCAUUGGUAUGGAUGCCAGCUUCAGCAGCUAAGUGGAGAACCCUUAGAAGAGCUUGUGCCACAAAAAUAUUCUCCCCUCAGCAACUAGACUCUACACAAUGCAUCCGCAAGAGAAAGGUUCAAGACUUGCUAAAUUAUGUUCAUGAAUGUUGCAUCAAAGGUGAAGCUUUUGAUAUUGGUGAGGCUAUCUUUACAACUAUCAUAAAUUCCAUGUCAAACACUCUUCUUUCGAUGGAUUUGGCUCAUUAUAAUUAUUUUGAUAAUAAUAAGUUUCAUGAGUUUAAGGAGAUAAUGAUUGGUCUUACCAAAGAAACUGGAAGAACUAGUGUUUCAGAUUUUCUCCCUUUCCUCCGGUUACUUGAUCCACAAGGCACACGUUCAAGUACCAAAAUUAAUUUCGAAAAGAUGCUAGAGUUCCUUAACAGUGUUAUUGAAGAAAGAACGCAUUCAUCAAGUGAUGAGUCAAGAAUGAACUUUAAUGAAUGCAAUGAUGUGUUGGAUUCCUUUCUAGAUCUUAUCAAGCAAGGGAGUUCUGAAUUAAACCUCAAUGAUGUUAUAUAUUUAUUCGUGGAUUUAUUUAUUGCGGGAAUAGACACAACAUCAAGCACACUAGAAUGGGCAAUGGCUGAGUUGUUACAUAAUCCAGAAAAAAUGUUUAAAGUUAAGGAGGAACUUCAUCAAGCACUUGGCAAAAAUGGAAAAAUUGAAGAGUCUAACAUCUCAAAGCUCCCAUACCUUAAUGCAAUUGUGAAAGAAACUUUGAGGCUUCAUCCACCGGCACCAUUUCUAGUACCCCACAAGGCAAUUGAUUACGUAGAGUUAGGUGGCUUCACAGUUCCCAAACAUGCACAAAUCCUAGUUAAUGUGUGGUCAAUGGGAAGAGAUUCAAGCAUUUGGGCUAACCCUAAUUUAUUUGAACCUGAGAGAUUCUUGGAUAGUGAUAUUGAUUUUAAGGGCAAAAGUUUUGAGUAUAUCCCAUUUGGUGCUGGUAGAAGAAUUUGUCCUGGAUUGCCUUUUGCAUCAAGGUCCAUACAUUUCAUAUUGGCAUCUCUUUUGUAUCACUUUCAUUGGAAGUUAGCUGAUGAAAUGAAGCCACAAGACAUGGACAUGAAUUAUACUUUUGGGUUUACUUUACAUAAGACCCAACCUCUUCAAGUCCUCCCUCAGAGUUUAGUUGUUAGCUAA